AUGAAUGAACGCACCCGUUUGAAAAAUUAUGACUGGGCUAUUGGAUUAAGCCGAACUAGUUUGAAGUUUUUUGGUGUAUGGCCAGAAAACAAUGAAACGAAACGGGAAAAAUACAUAUCCAAUAUAUAUAUAUUUCUUAUAAUAAAUAUUGCAUUCUGUGGCUGUCUUAUUCCAUCUGUACAUUCUUUAAUCAAAAUUUGGGACAUUCUUCCGCUUUUAAACAUGAUAAAAAACGAUUGGUUGAAACCAAAAACAGCAAAUGAAAGAGAUGUUAUGAUAAAACAAGCCCGAGCUGCACGCAAAUUAGUCCCAAUGCAAACGUAUUAUAUUUAUGAUCGAGAUAAAAGUCCAUUGUAUGAGAUAACUUUUAUUGUGCAAAGUAUUGGCUUGUCGACGGUUGCUUUAGUGUAUACUAGUACAGAUAGUUUCUUAGGUUUAUUGAUCUUUCACAUAUGUGGUCAAUUGGAAAAUCUCAAGGCGUGUAUUAUUCAUCUCGGUAAAUUCUCAAAUUUUGAGAGUGGUCUAUCACACAUCGUACAGGAUCAU